AUGUUCAAACUAACGUUGGCAAGUCACAAGCGGAUACUUACGCGGUAUACUAACCAAUUACAAAAAGCCUUAACGCGGUUCAAAGACUCGCAGUUAGAAGAAAUUAGUAUUCAAAAUCUGCAAGGCGAGAUAACGCCCGCUGUCAUUCAUUCAAAUCUGCAGCACUUAGAAGAAGGAGCUGCAGACCUAGAGAACAUGACCACAAAGAUUCAACACGAACUGGACGAACUCGCUACCAUAUUCGAAAAGACUCAUCCGACGCUACCAAAUAUUGAAGACGAGUUCGCACAAUAUUCGAGUGCCGCUGAAGAAGCGAUUGGCAAUACUUUCGAAUAUCUGGUACUCCUCCAUGCUCGGAUGCAUGGCUUUAAAGCUCACACUGAGCUCCUCAUCACAUCCUACAUACUGUCCACUACAAAUGGUGGGAACGAUGAAUCCAUUGUCACUGCCGUCGUGAAGAAGCUGGAACUGCCCACAAUUCCCAUCCCGACAUUCAGUGGUGACAUAUGGGAUUGGGAUAACUUUUGGGAGCUCUUAAACACAAAUAUACAUUCACGAAAGGUCUCAGACCUACAAAAAUUCAAUUACCUCAUUAGCUUCUUGAAAGGAGAACCCCUUUAA